AUGGACGUCAAAUCGCCGCCGUCUACGCCUCGCUCUACUGCCUCAAGGCUGACGUCCGACCUUCAGACUGCCCGGAGAGGUGCUGGAUCAGGCGUUGCAACUCCCGUAAAUGCCAAGACGAAACGGAAGGCAUUGCGUGAGUUUUAUGGAUUGAAUGAGGCUAUGAAGAGAGAAAAAACAGCGAUACCAGAGAUUGAUCUUCCCGACUUCAAUCCUCAGAGUUAUGUCAAUGAUCUGCUGAAGACCAAGAAUUUGAAGGAGCUCUUGACGGUUGAGAACACAUUGGUCAAAGAAAUCCGUGGUCUUGAUGGUGAGCGGAAAUCGCUUGUAUACGAUAACUAUUCCAAGCUCAUGCACGCUGCAUCCACUAUACGCAAGAUGCGUCAGAGCAUCGACCCGGUGGCACCAAGUACAGACAUGCUGGGAGCGGCUAUCGAGAAGAUACAGAGGUUAUCGGGUGUGGCACGGCAGAAGACGUCAGAGCAAAACAAUGGGGAAGUGCUGACGGAAGACGCGGAUCUGGCACGGCAACGGGAGGAACUAGUGACAUGGGUUCGACAAUCGCCUCAACGCUUGGAGGAAUUGUUACAGCAUGGAAACACCGAAGAAGCAGAACGGCAAUGGACGAAAGUACAAGGGAUCCUUGAUCGAUGGUCAGAGGUACGGGGAGUGAAAGAUUUGAGAGAAAGGUGUGAAGCCGCUAUGAACCAUGGCGCGCCUACACCGCCUCCGAAGCAAAACGCAACGGAAGCGGAUGACUAG